GUAGAGUGUGGGCCUGUUGCUUUAGCUGCUUGAGGCGUUUUAGAUAAGAAAAGAUGCAGGUAGGGUGUCUCUGAGGUGAGUGCACCUGCGCACUAGGACCCUGCCGGUGGGGGCAGGGUGCAGGGAGGGGACAGGGGACUGGUGUGUUAUAAAAGAGCCAGCCUGCACAAAAGUGGACACGGUUGGCUCGGCUCCCACCACAGCCUGAGCCCAGCUGCAGGUGAGGAGGAGUCUGCCGGUGAGGAGGAGUCUGCAGGAAUUUGAGAUGCUGAGUUAUGGAUGUGGAGGGAUGGAAAUCCAGAACCCCCUGGGGUUCCAAGUGCAAGGGGGUGUGGGGCCUGGACAUCUCAGUCCCCAGCACAGACGGCCCUUCCUCUGUGGCAGCCACAGAGGCUCAGAGAGGGCACAUGGCAGGUCCCCUGCUCCAGGCCCUGCUGCUCCUACUGCUGUCCUUCCCCCUGGGAUCUGCUGAAGAAGAAGCCCAGGAUACCGGGGAGAGGAUCAUUAAUGGAAAUCAAUGUCCAAGUGGCGCCCAACCCUGGCAGGUGGCCCUGUACCACAACAAUGUGUUCCUGUGUGCAGGCGUGCUGGUCCACGAGAAGUGGGUGCUCACCGUCGCUGACUGCUACUCGAGAGAGUACAUUGUGCAAAUAGGCACUAAUCUUCUAGUCGAUAGAAAUGCCCAGAAGAUCAGGGCCACAGAGUUCUUCACCCACCCCCGGUAUGACGUAACCACAAAUGUUCACAACAUCAUGCUGCUGAAGCUGAGCAGCCCGGCCAAGCUUUCGCCCACCGUGAGGAUCAUGAAGGUGCCCUCCAGCUGCAAACAGCCUGGCACCACUUGUACCGUCUCUGGCUGGGGCAGCACCACGAUGGAUGGAGUGAGAAACCCAGCUGCGCUCAUGUGCUCGAAUGUCAGGAUCAUCCCCUACAACGACUGCAAGCAGGUUUACCCGACCCUGUUGAGGAAAUUCACCAUCUGUGCUGCUCCGCCCAGCAGAUCCUCCUUCGCCUGCAAAGGUGACUCCGGGAGUCCGCUGGUUUGCCAAGGUUCCCUGCAAGGCCUGGUGUCCUCAGAUUAUUUCCCUUGUCAUCCACCCUUCGACCCCAUCAUCUACACGCGUGUAUGCAAGUACAGAAAAUGGAUAUAUGAAACCAUAAUAAAAAAUUGCUAA